UGGUAUCAGACGUUUAGGUUUUUUUUUUUUUGCCUUUCUCCCUAAAUCGUUCGCUCACACCAUGGCCAACCAACCCACUUCUACGGCCUCAACCAAUCUGGCGCCCGUCAAUCAGGAGCAGCCUUCAUCUGCUGGUUUCUCUUCAAUUCCUACAGCGCUGACCGGCAUCACCUCUUUCAAUUCCGAUUCCAGCCGCGUCGGCUUCUCCCAGCAGCACUCCGAGUUUCCGGCUUCGUCGGUUCAGGCAGUCCAAUUCAGUUCUCCUUUGCCGGCCUCCUUGUCACAACGUCUUCGAGGAAUUCCCCCACUCGACUCAUUCAGACAGUUUAAUAUGCCAGAACCUUUUGCUUGGACGGCAGCCUCCACAUCACUUCCGCCUCCACCAGUUUUUCCGGACUUAGGCAGCUCUUCCAAUAUGUACACCGGCCCCACUUUUUCUGGACAUCCUGGGAUUACUCCUCUGCCAUCCACUUCGAAUCACUCGUUGGCAGGUUUUAAUACUUCCUCCAGCUUUUUAUCAUCUCUAGCAUCUCAAUUGGCGUUCUCUACGCCUAACGUGAGUAAUAUUGUGACGACUCGUCUAUCAUCUGUUGAGGAUUAUUUGCCUUGGAGAACCCAGUUUGAAUCAUUCUUAGUCUCUCACAGUCUUUUGGGUGUGUUAGAUGGGUCUGUUCCAAUACCUCCAUCUACAACUCCCGAUUAUAUGUUUUGGCUAAAAAUUGAUCAAACUGUGCGUUCAUGGAUUUUUGCUACUCUUGCUAGAGAUGUUUUAAUGGAGGUUUAUGACUUGAAGUUCUCUCAUCUAAUUUGGGAACGACUUCAGAAAAGAUUUAUGUCUGCUUGUAUUUCUCGAUCCGUAGAACUAAAAAGGCUAUUAACUCAUAUAAAGAAGAAAGAAUCUCAAACUAUGGAUCAAUACUUGUUAGAAAUCAAACUUCUGGCAGAUUCCUUAGCAGCCAUUAAUUCUCCCGUCAGUGGAAGAGAUCAAAUUGAGUAUGCCAUACUUGGAUUAGGACGUGGCUAUGAAUCGAUUCUAAAUAACAUUGAUCAACUCCCGGGUCUUCCAACUCUUGAAGACCUUCGUCCCAUCUUACAAGCACAGGAGCAACGCAAUCUUUUUUUUCCAAGCCCAGGAAUCAGCUCCUAUUCAUCAAGCAUUCGCUGCCCCUGCUGCUCCAGUAGCCCGAGGGGGUGCUCCACGUGGUGGUGGUGGACACCCGCGUGGUCCCGGUGGUCGAGGGAACCGAGGUGGCCGAGCCCGUGGAGGACGGGGUCGAGGAGGUGGCCGUGGUUACUAUCCACAUCAACCUCACGGUGGUUAUCAGCAGCCUUAUGCGGCCUAUCCCCAGCAGCCAGCAGCUCCUAUACCGAGGGCCCCUACAUUUCCCGGGAUGCCAGGUUCAGCAUUGUGUAAUAUUCGUUCUGGUAAUAAUUGUACUGUUUAUUUUCCUGCUUCUGCUACUCAUAACUCUUAUGCAGGUUUCCCGUCUGUGGAUCAAUCAUAUCAAUCACCUCCCCCCCAGUUGUUUGUCAGUUGUGUUUUUCUCCAGGUCACUCAGCCCUUCACUGUUCUCGUUUCACUGCAUCGCCCACCCCGGCUCUUGCUGCAUUACCCACUGGUGAAAACAAUGAUUUGGUCUGGUAUCCUGACUCUGGCGCUUCCGCUCAUAUGACUCCUCACGACGGACAAUCACACGGGGGAGCUUCUUCUUCAGGCACUUAAUAAAGACCAUGUCUAUCCUUUUCAUGCCCUUCAAGCCCGUGUUGUACCUGGUCCAAUCUAGCACAAGCGUUUGGGGCAUUGUGGUGAUAGAAUCCUUGCUAGACUUAGGCAGCAUAAAUUAAUUUCUACUUCCUCCUCCUUUGUUCACGAUUGUGUUUCUUGUAAACUGGGUAAAUCCCACAGACUUCCUUUCACUGAUGUUACACAUGAUUCUAUUGCACCUUUACACAUUAUUCAUUCUGAUGUUUGGCAAUCACCAGUAGUGUCCAACCUUGGUUUUAAAUAUUAUGUAUUGUUUAUUGAUGAUUUUUCUAGAUAUACUUGGGUUUAUCCGAUGCAUAGGAAGUCUGAAGUAUUUACUCAUUUCUUACACUUUCAAAAAUUAGCAGAGAAUCUUUUGGAUUUAAAAAUAAAAAUUUUUCAAAGUGACGGAGGGGGUGAGUUUGAUAACACACAGUUUAGAGAGCAUUUUUCAAAAUCUGGAAUUUUAUUUAGAAAGUCUUGUCCGGAAACACCGGCUCAAAAUGGUGUUGCUGAACGAAAACAUAGACAUCUGCUAGAAUUAACUAGGACUAUGUUGAUUGAUUCCUCUAUUCCUAGUAAAUUCUGGGUUGAUGCUCUUUAUACAGCCACAUUUAUUAUAAAUCGUCUUCCUACACCUAUUUUAAAUGGCCUCACGCCAUAUGAGAGACUUUUUCAUAAAAUUCCAGACUACAAUUUCAUGCGUGUGUUUGGAUGUUCAUGUUUUCCAAAUUUUAUUGCUGCUUCCCACAAUAAGUUAUCACCACGCUCCAUACAUUGUGUUUUUCUGGGCUAUGCACCGGGUUACAAAGGCUACCGUUGUCUUUCUCCUUCCACUGGUCGCGUGUAUGUAAGUCGGGAUGUCAUUUUUCACGAAAAUAUUUUUCCCUAUCCCACCCUCCCAACCGCCCAGUCCACCUCAAACUGCAGCCUACCUCCUUCCUGGCUAUCCACUUCGUCCCAGCAAUCAUAUCCAUCUACUAAUCAGUUUUCACCCAACUCCUUAGACACCUCUCGUCCUUCAUCCCAGCAUAUACUGCCUACGCCAAGCACACCAACAACUCCACUAAUAACUCCCAUAACCUCUCCACCAUACACAGCAUCUCCCCAUAUCACCUCUCUACCCACUUUUCCCAAUUACGACACCAUCACUAACUCCCAGCCUACCACUGCCAGUCCAUCACCCUCGGCUGGCAGUCCCCCUCUCUCGCCUGGUAAUAUUCAUACCUCAUCUCCUUCGACCAGUCUCUUACCUAUUAUUCAUUUAUUCAUACUAAUGUUCAUCCCAUGCGUACACGUGCUAAAAAUGGCAUUUUUAAACCAAAACAGAUUUUUACUUUAAAUGUUUUAGCUCCUCCUAAUGAUCCCACUUGUUUUACACAGGCAAAUAAACAUGAGGUUUGGCGGGCAGCCAUGGCUGAUGAAUUUAAUGCUUUAAUUGCUAAUAAAACAUGGGAUUUAGUACCUUGGGACCCUACUAAAAAUGUGGUUGGUUGUAAGUGGAUUUAUAAGACAAAAUAUUGUUCUGAUGGAUCAAUUGAGCGUCAUAAAGCUCGCUUAGUUGCUCAGGGUUUUAAACAACAGGCUGGCAUUGAUUUCACUGAAACAUUUAGCCCUGUUGUUAAACCCACCACAGUUCGUCUUAUUUUAUCGAUUGCUAUUUCUUUAGGAUGGUCUGUUAGACAGCUUGAUGUGAAAAAUGCCUUUUUACAUGGUUAUUUAACUGAAGAGGUAUAUAUGCGCCAACCACAGGGCUUUAUUCAUCCAUCUUUUCCUAAUCAUGUGUGUCGUUUGCGCAAAGCACUUUAUGGUCUGAAACAGGCUCCACGAGCUUGGUUUCAUCGAUUUAGUGGUUUUUUGUUGAGUCGGGGUUUUACACAAAGCAAAUCUGAUUCCUCCAUGUUUGUUUAUCGUUCUCCUUCCCAUACUGUUUAUAUUCUUUUGUAUGUGGAUGAUAUUCUAAUUACUGGAUCCUCUUCUUCGUUUGUCAUGUUUGUUAUUCACACUUUAUCUCGUCAGUUUGCCAUGAAAGAUUUGGGUGAUAUUCAUUAUUUCUUGGGUAUUCAAGCCAGACGCACGUCAACUGGCUUGUUUUUAUCACAGGCUAAAUAUAUUUCUGAUCUCUUGCAUCGUUUUCAUCUCCACACAGUUAAGCCUGUACGUACACCUCUUCCCUCACGUACCACCCUUUCUCUCACAGAUGGGGAACUUUUAUCUGAUGCUACUGAGUAUCGCAGUAUGGUGGGUGCUCUUCAGUAUUUGAUUAUCACUAGACCCGAUAUUACAUAUGCUGUUCAUUUGGUUUCUCAGUUUAUGCAUGCUCCACGCACUACUCAUUUAUUGGCUGUUAAGAGAAUUUACAGGUAUUUACAGGGCACCUCUACUCACGGCCUCUGGCUCAAAUCUGACAAAAAUAUUUCAGUAAUUAUGGCCUAUUCUGAUGCCGACUGGGCAGGAUGUCCAGACAGUUCACGUUCCACUACUGGCUAUGCUGUUUUCUUGGGAUCCAAUCUCAUCUCUUGGCGAUCCAAAAAGCAGCCUACUGUCUCAAAAUCAUCAACUGAAGCUGAAUACAGGGCCAUUGCUUAUACUGUUCAGGAUACUCUUUUUAUUAGAUCUCUAUUAGCUGAUAUGGGGAUAUAUAUUUCGGCACCUGUACAUCUUUACUGUGACAAUGUCUCCGCUUCGUACUUGGCGGUCAACCCUAUUCAGCAUGACAGGAGCAAGCACAUUAAGAUUGAUUAUCAUUUUGUUCGCGAAAGAGUGGCUCACGGAGAUCUUGUUGUGAAGUACAUUCCCACACAAUUGCAGUUGGCUGACAUUUUUACUAAAAAUUUAUCUAGUCAGCGUUUUGAGUUCUUACGUUCCAAUCUGCACGUUGUUUCCCCUGCACAGAUUGAGGGGGUGUAAUAAUGUAAUUAUAUAUAGAUUACUAUGUAAUUUCCUAAACUUGUAUUUAGUAUAAAUACAACCUCAAGGCACCCAAGAGGGUAAGCCAUUAUUUCCCAAAAUUAUUGUUUUACA